AUGGUGUCGUACCCUACGAGUUACGUGUUCCCAUUACCACUGACGGAUCAUUGGAAGCAGGAAAUUACAAGUAAAACCCGUGAAAAACUCACCGAAAUGUUGGGCGUCGAGGUCGACAAUGUCAUGGCGGAAUACGUGAUUGUCAUGGUUGGCAACAAGAAGAACAUGGAACAAAUUGCUCAUGAUCUUGUGGAUUUUAUUGGAGAAGAAUCAGCGGAACAAUUUGUGACGUGGCUUAGUAACUUGCUGCCAACAUUUGAAGCCAAAGGACGAAGUGCUGGUUCAUCUCGAGCAGAUGAAGAAGUUGAAACGUCUUGUAAAAACAUUGUCCAGUCUCAAAAUGAAGAAAUUAUAGCUCAGAAAAGAGAAGAAAAGAAGGAGGAGAAUAAACGGAUUAUCAGCUUGAAAGGACUUUCGCAAUCAUCUUCGGAACCACAUCAGAAGAAAGUUGUGUCACUCAGUAGCAAUCGAAGCACAAUCAGGUCGUUAAACCCAUCAAAGACUGACAUGGACGACGUGAUUGCACGACGAGCUCAGCGGUUUGGUGCCGUGGAGAAACCAGCAUCAAAGAAACCAUCAUCAUCAGCAGCAGCAGGAGCUACUGAUCGCUAUCAGCGAGAUGAAACAGAAACAACAGGAAACAAGAGACGGAUAAGUGAACGGGAUAGCAACAGUCGGCUGUCAAAGCGACUGCGACUGGGCCCACCUGUUAAUGUCGACCAAGCCAAACUAGACGCACGUGAUACCGUGGGAGUGCACAAGAAGCGACGUGGAGACCGUGACCGCGGUGAUGAGAAUCAUCGUAGUGGAUCACGUGGCGACCGGAGAAAUGACCGAGACCGAGACGAAGAUAUGGAGGAUGGGGAUUACAGGGGCAAGCGGAGAAGCAAAGGUUCUCGUGACGCGGCGCCACCUUUGCCACCGUCAGACGAGAAAGGGGAUUAUAAGGAGAAGCAAGGAUACGGUCAAGGAAUGGGCCCGCCGAUGGGAUUUCAGGGCGGUCCUAUGGGAUAUGGAGGCUACCCGCCGCCUUUUGGAGGACCGAUGUUCUACCCUCCGCCAGGUUACGGACCCAUGAACCCGUACGCGAUGGGUUUUUUACCUCAAGGCAUGCCGCCGUAUGGUGGCCGGGGGUACCCUCGACCGCUCGCGGGUGACAUGCAAAAUGGUCCACGGGGGCCACGACCAUUCCAGAAUCGCAAGUGGGUUAACCCGAAUGUUGCUAAGGCUGAAGAAGCAAAGGCCAAUGAAGGCAAAUUAGAAUCAGACGCAGCUGAAGGCGAGGCAAGUGGUGGCUCACAUAACGCUGGGUUGCAGGCUGGUGCACCAGCCUUUGCGCCACGCAACCCAUACUAUCCAUCGCAAAUGCGCCCUCGCUUCCAGAAUAAGACCUGGGUGCGACAGGACCCUGCUAAGGACGAGGAGCUGAACUCGAGUUUGCCGAAGACUCCACCCAAGGAGUUGCUGGAGAGCAUGGAGUAG